AUGCCGAGACGGGGGCAUACUAGUGCCAAUACCGGUACCAGUAGCAGCGCUAGCAACAACAACAACAACAACAAGAAGAAAAAGAGAACGAGAAAGAAGAAGGGACCUCUCCUGUUUGCCAAUGAUGAGGUUUGGAGCCAAGGCAUUCUAUCUUUUGUUGGUGUUGGACAGUAUGCCUUUGUAGGAGCCGUCAACAAAAAUAUGAAUCGACUCUACAAAGCCUACUGUGAAAUUGAACUCAAGAAAAACCCGAGGAAGGUAAACGAUAACCCUCAACGGAUUUUAUUUUCUCUCACGCGCUCUGUAGAAAUCACGGACACUCUUUACAGCGAAACAUUCUGUAACCAGCCACGUGCAGAAUACUGGCUCAAGGACAAUUCCACCAACAAAAAACCUAUUCAUUUUCAUGUUUGCACUGCCAUUGCCAAAAUUGGAAAUCUUGCUGUCAUGCAGUGGGCACUCCAACUGGGAUUCCAAUGGAAUUCACAAACAUGUGGUGGAGCUGCUGAGAAGGGACAUUUGGAAAUGCUACAAUGGUUACGAAAGGAGGGUUGUCCAUGGAAUGAAUCGACAUGUCCCUAUGCUGCUGUAGGUGGCCAUUUGGAUUUGCUGAAGUGGGCUCGUGAAAAUGGUUGUGAAUGGGAUGAAGACACAUGUUGUCAUGCUGCUGCAAAUGGACACUUCGAGCUUUUAAAGUGGGCUCAUGAAAAUGGGUGUCCCUGGGAUGAAUCGACAUGUGCCCGUGCUGCUCAAGGUGGUCAUUUGGAAAUUCUAAAGUGGGCUCGUGAAAAUGGUUGUCCAUGGAAUGCAAGGACAUGUGCUGGAGCUGCUAAAAAUGGACAUUUGGAAAUUUUGAUGUGGGCUCGUGAAAAUGAAUGUCCAUGGAAUGCAUGGACAUUUGAAGCUGCUGGGCUAAGCGAGAGCGGCAACAACAGUGCAGUGAUCCAGUGGCUACGCGACAAUCACUGCCCUGGGUCCCACAAUGGAGGACACUAA